CCCUUGGGCUCAGAGCUUCGGAGACCGGCUCCGCGCCAUGGCGUCGUCCCAGGGUCGGCGGCGAAGGCCGGGGACAGUGGUACCCGGGGAAGCGGCGGAGACCGACUCGGAGCUGUCUGCAUCCUCGUCCGAGGAGGAGGAGCUAUACCUGGGUCCCUCGGGCCCGACGCGCGGCCGCCCCACGGGGCUGCGUGUGGCCGGGGAGGCGGCGGAGACCGACUCAGAGCCGGAGCCCGAGCCCACGGUCGCGCCGGGAGACCUGCCCCCGCUCGUGGUGCAGCGCGAUGCGGUGGAGACGUGGGGCACCGAGGAGACCCCUGCCGUAGCGCCUGCGCGCUCGCUGCUGCAGCUCCGGUUGGCUGAAAGCCAGACGCGCCUAGACCACGACGUAGCGGCUGCGGUGAGCGGCGUGUACCGCCGUGCGGGUCGCGAUGUGGCGGCCCUGGCCGGGAGGCUGGCGGCUGCCCAGGCCACCGGACUGGCGGCCGCCCACAGCGUGCGCCUGGCGCGCGGGGACCUCUGCGCGCUCGCCGAGCGCCUGGAUAUCGUGGCUGGCUGUCGCCUGCUGCCGGACAUACGAGGGGUGCCGGGCACCGAGCCUGAGCAGGACCCGGGACCGAAAGCCUAGGCUUCACUCUGUGUCUCCCACCUGACUCCGCCUCUUGGUGGACACUCGUACCACCUGUGGCAUCUGACUCAGUCUUUGUUCUUGGAUCGCCGAGGGCUCCAGUGCGUGGUAGCGUUUGGUUAAUGCCGACAGAAGUCCUAGCAUCUUCAUUGGUUUGGCCCGAUUAAAUUCUUAGCACAGUUCUGGGAUCCCCAACCCAAGACUCGGCCCAGGUUCUGUGGAUAUCAAGUGGCUUAGUCCCCACCCCUUCAUUCUGGUCCUGUUUCCUAAAUUCAGCUUUACUCUUAGUCAAGACUGGGGUUUGCUUUCUUUUGUUAAACCUCUCUGAAUCUAGGCUUUGGGGGUGUGGGUAUCCCUCUAGUUUACAUCCCUAAAUGAUGAUAAUCACUCCUGAUCCGAGGAUACCUUCCUCUUACACACCCCUCUUACACAGAGACCGCUGUGGUCAGAGGCUGACCUACCUAGGCCUGAAUAGUAACCCUCUCAGGCCUUUGGGUCCGGGGCAGCGCCCCCUGGUGUUUUGAUCGCCGUAGGACAUGACUCCACAACAAACCUACCACCUACAGUGUCUGUUUCUGGAUGCUGAAAUGACUUGGAUUCCUAACCUCUGUGGGCACCGAGGAUAACAGGUUCUUUUUGCUUCUUGGCUUCUUGGCUUUUUAGUCUUUUGGCCACUCCUUUUGUCUCCGUUUUAAUGAGGAUUCUCUGACCUUAUGUGGAAAGAAGCUUGGGUGGGUGAGACUGGCUGAGUGGUAUUGUGCACGCUUAGUGUGGGUAGCCCUGAGUUCAGUUCCUAGUACCACCCUGCUCCAAAAGAAACAAAAAAACUAGCACAUUCUUAGAUGUCUCUGUCCCCUUUAAAAAUUUACCCCACCCUUAAUUCUGGCUACCAGCUGAUAUGCUAUUUUGUUUUAAAAUCAACUAGAGUCAGGGUUUUUGUUGAAAAUUAGAGGUGGAGGUUGGGGAUUUAGCUCAGUGAUACAGCUCUUGCCUCAGCUCCAAAAAAAAAAAAAAAAAGAC